AAGGGAGGAGUAGUAGUAACACACUGAGCUCACUUUACCGCAGUAUUCUGACUAAGGGACCAGGGCAGCCGCUGCACCAAUAGGCUCAGUUACUUAGCCAGAGCCAGAGACAGAGACAGCGACCAGACCCUCCCUCCCUCUCCAUCGCUCACCCACUCGCUGCUUCUCCUCCUCUCUCACAGUCUCCCGCGUCUCACUCACACAUACACGCUCAGUGAGUCUGUCUCUCUGUCCUGCUGUCACACUCAGCGUUUCAGGAACAGAAGUUGACUCUUCCGCACUGAUCUCUGCAUGACUGUCACAAAGAUGUCAUGGCGGCCGAAUUACCGAAGCUCCAAGUUUCGAAACGUCUACGGCAAAGUGGCCAACCGGGAGCACUGUUUCGAAGGUAUCCCGAUCACAAAGAACGUCCAUGACAACCACUUCUGCGCCGUCAACGCCAAGUUUCUCGCCAUAGUAACGGAGAGUGCUGGAGGAGGAUCAUUCAUUGUUAUCCCCGUCACUCAGUUUGGCCGUAUUGAAGCUCACCAUCCAAAGGUCUGCGGUCACCAAGGCAACGUGUUGGAUAUCAAAUGGAAUCCCUUCCAUGACAACAUAAUUGCUUCUUGUUCAGAAGACUCUUCUGUGCGGAUAUGGGAGAUUCCCGACGGUGGACUAAGAAGGAAUUUGACGGAAGCUGUAUUAGAACUGUAUGGCCACAGCAGGCGUGUGGGCCUUAUAGAAUGGCACCCAACCUCUAGUGGGAUUCUCUUCAGUGCUGGCUAUGACUACAAGAUCCUCAUCUGGAAUCUUGAGAUCGGCGAGCCAGUGAAAAUGAUUGACUGUCACACAGAUGUGAUCCUCUGCAUGACGUUUAACACUGACGGAAGCCUGCUGGCCACCAGCUGCAAAGACAAGAAACUCCGUGUCAUUGAGCCGCGCUCUGGCAAAGUGCUACAGGAGGCGAAUUUUAAGAACCACAAAGUGAACCGUGUUGUGUUCCUAGGCAACAUGAAGCGACUCCUAACCACAGGUGUGUCUCGGUGGAACACACGUCAGAUCGCUCUCUGGGACCAGGAGGAUUUGUCAAUGCCGAUCAUUGAGGAAGAGAUUGAUGGACUUUCAGGACUGCUUUUUCCCUUCUAUGACCCAGACACGCAUAUGCUCUAUCUAGCAGGCAAGGGUGAUGGGAACAUCCGGUACUACGAGAUCACUCAGGAGAAACCUUAUCUGCAGUAUCUCAUGGAGUUUAGGUCCCCUGCACCUCAGAAAGGGCUUGGAGUGAUGCCGAAACACGGACUGGAUGUAGGAGCAUGUGAGGUCUUCAGAUUUUAUAAGUUGGUGACUCUGAAGGGCCUCAUUGAGCCGAUCUCUAUGAACGUUCCAAGAAGGUCAGAAACAUAUCAGGAGGACAUAUACCCCAUGACUGCUGGGACAGAACCUGCUUUGUCAGCUGAUGAGUGGCUCAGUGGAAUCAACCGAGGUCCUGUGCUCAUGUCCUUGAAGGAGGGAUACACACGACCCAAUAAUCUGGUUUUUAAGGCCCCUGUUAAGGAGAAAAAGAGUGUGGUCAAUGGAAUUGACCUGCUGGAAAACGUCCCUCCCCGUACUGAAAAUGAGCUCCUGCGAAUGUUCUUCAGACAGAAGGACGAGUUACGGCGACUAAAGGAUGAACUCACUCAAAAGGACAUUAAGAUCCGACAGCUUGAGCUGGAGCUCAAUAACAUAAGAUACAGCCCAAACAUCAACAACAAUAACAACAGCAAUGGUAGCAGCAUUUGACAUGGAAUCUGUACUGUUUCUCUUGAUCUCCAAUCCUACGGUAACUGGAGGUCCCCAGUACUGCUGAACGUCCAUGUGGGCUUCCUUUUUCCAAACACACAAAUAUCUCGGAAUCUCAGAAGAUCAAGGCACUUUGAUUAGCAGUGUUUAACCCCCAGUGUUCACCCCACAGCUAGUGUGUGCUAAACGAACAUUAACGGCGUGAUGGUUCACUAACCCUGUGAAAACUCUUCCAUCCAAUGACCUACCUCCAUGUACCUGCAGUGGAUUGAUUCUCCAGAUGUUGUGAAGUGAAGAGUUUCAAGUUGUAGAGGGUUAUGAACAGAAAGGACUCUUUUUGCUUUUUAACCAUGCUUUCUCUCUCUCUUUUUUGCAUAUGAAAGUUUACCGCAAGAGUUAUAGUCUUGAAUGGGGUUGCUUUUAAAAUAACUUUGUACAAGCUAUUGACAUUAUCAUCUCAUCAUUUUAGACUUUGCUAUAUUUCAUUGUUAGUAUUAUUUAUUUCGCUUUUACCUUACCUGAUACGCCAUUGUUAUCAAUAGUAAUAUAAACUCAGUAUAGAGCCAUAGUCAUUAAAACAGUAUUUUAAUAAGGUCAAAUAUACAGGCUUUAUUCAUCUCAUAGGACUAUUGAAUAGGCUUGAUAAGUAGUGAUUUCAUGUAGAAUAAUCAAAACUCACAGUUAAAUAAUAAUACACAAUAGAUCAUAUUUAUCCAAGUGAUCAUUAUCCAUGAAAAUUGGGUUUUUACUAACGUGAUCUUGGCACUGUGGGGACGUAUGUGUUGUUCCACGUAGUUUACUUUCAUGCAGUACACAGAAAAAUAUGAUGAAGUCAGUCUAUAGAGUGUUUUAAAUGGGUUUGUGACUAAAUUAAGAGAACCAAGUGAGAGAAGUGAACAGCAAGUAAUGUCUAAAUAAAAACAUCAGAGACUGUUUUCAGAAGGAUCUGGACAAGUUUGAAAUGAAAGCAACUUAAAGUGAGACAGACAGAAUUGAGAGAGCGAUAGAAAAAGAGAGAGAGAGAGAGAGAGAGAGAGAGAGAGAGUUGUGCUGGAAAAUUCGUGAUUUGUGGUCCAGCAAUAAGAUGAAUUUAUGCUGGUACUGUUUUAAAGACUGACUGUGAUUCAAAAAGCAUAAUGAAGAAUUGCUUUUUCUUAACGUUUCAUAUAAAACAAGCCUAUUUAUUGAUUCCAUUUUUGUGUUUCUUACCUCUUUUCAGCGCUUUUAUUUUUAAAACAUGUUCUUAUGUCGAAGAGAUUGAUGCUUAGAAUUAUCCUUCCACGUGUAAUAUUCAAAUAAUUAAAUCAUUAUACAGAUUGCUUCUGAAAUUAGAUCUAAAGGAUUUUGCAUUGUAUUCAGCUUUCAAAUUUUGAUGUAAGCCCUUUCAAAUGUUAUGCCAAAAAAUCCAUGUGCAGUUAGUCACUCCUCCUCUCAAGCUUACCUUAUAAAUUAUAGUCUUGAAAUAGAUAAUGCCAACAUCUUGACCAGCUAAUCUUACCAUUUACUCCAGCAGCUGUGAUCAUGUUUCGAGUGUUAUUAACAUUUUCUUACCUAAUCUUUACUAAAAUGUGCUGAUUGCUCAAUUCAUUAAUGAUCCAUUGAGUAUAAAUUAGGCCUCAGACCCACAUUGACCAGCAUGGAAUACAGGUGGCUAUGUCAAAGUUAGCUUUGUAUACAGCCAAUGCGUGUUUUCUUGCAUUUACUGUUUAAUGAAACACUAUGAGCCUCAAGCUUUGUAAAUAGUUUGCCUCAUAAAACAAUAACGCAAGCUCCUGUGAGCUCCAGCUUCAUUUUUGCCUAGUCUUGCCUUGCGAAAGAAAGGGUGCACUUUGAGGAGUCUGACAGUAGGGGGCAGUAAAAGCACAGUCUUGCACAUAGCGGCGCAAGGCCUACGCAUUGUCAUGCAGCUGACUACACAGCAUACUAAUAUUGUUACAUUGAAACAUUCGAGCAUUUUAACAGUGGUGCAGUGGGGACACUUAGUACCUUGGCCUUUUACUCACUGCUUAAAUGAAUAGUAUUUAUGUGGGCCUAAAACAUUGUACUGACACACUGAGCUGUACAAUCCAAAUUCUCUCAUGCUGUAUAAUUGAGUCUAUAAAAUUGUGGGUGCAAAUUUGGAUGUUAACAGUGUGAAUGCCUGAAUAUCUAUGAAAAUGUCUGGACCCUUUAUUUGGUUAAACACUGUCUACAGUUUUGUUAAGAUUUAUAAGGCAAGACAUUAGGCUAACCUGUCUUCGAAUAAAUUGAAGUACAUUAAUAGGUAAUCACUAUUUCUGCGAUUAACAGUCUGACUACAACUUACCAAGCAGAAUAAAAAGGCCUUUCUAAAGAGGAACAUUACAGCUGCGGAGUUGAAACCUAUUGUCUUGACUCAUGGAAGCUGUCCAUCUCACCCAAGCAAGGCACCUCAUACAAGUUGAGAUACAACUUCAAUGCUUGAAUGUUUAAGUUAACACAUGCUUAUACAGUAAAUCUUGAUUUGGACAAAAAUGCUGACUUCUGUACAUGUGAAAUCUGAAAGACUUCUUUUUAAUAAAAAUUUCAACCAGAACGAUCUGACAA